AUGCGUUGGGAAACUAUUCAAACAGUGAAAGGUGUUGCUCCAUGUAAAAGAUAUGGUCAUACUGCUACUCUUUGGAAACAUUUUAUCAUUGUUUUUGGUGGUUGUAACGAAUCUCAAUCUUAUUGCAACGAUAUUCAUAUCUUUGAUUUGGAAAAAUUAACUUGGUGUCAACCUGUUAUCAAUGGUUCAGUAUCUGCUCGAUAUUUACAUAGUGCUGUAGUUUAUGAUGAUAAACUUUUUAUUUAUGGUGGAUUUGCAAAGAAUACAGAUUGUACAUAUGUUUUGGAUGAAAUUAGUGUAUUAGAUCUUAAUACAUUGACUUGGUCUAUAUUCAAUCGAAUUCCUCCUAGAUAUAAUCAUUCUGCUACUCUGGUUGGUCACAAGAUGUAUAUUUAUGCUGGAAAGGAUGAACAAGGCAAUACAGUAUCUGAUCUCUUUGUCGUCAAUCUCAAUACACCUCCUUAUACUCCACAUCUUAUUCUUAGUGGUGCACAGUCAAAUGCUAAUUCACAAAUGGUUUUAUUGAAAAGUCAACAUUUUUGUGAAGCACUAUGUGGAAAAUUAUUAGUCUUUGGACGUUAUAUCAAUAAUAAUCACAAUGGCAACAAUAUGAACUCAUCUUCAAAUGGUGUUUGUACUAAUAACAAUCGAAUCUCUGGGAAUCAUUCUAUCAUCAAUACCGCCACUAAUACAACAUCAUCAAAUACUAUUUCCAACAAUACCCCUGAAUCAAUGUAUGGAUUAUGGAUGUUGGAUUUAGAUACUUUGGAAUGGGAAAGACAAGAUUGUAAUGCAAAUUUUGAAAUUGGUGGAUGGAAUUACUUUACUGUUAUUACUGAAAAUUUACAACAAUCAAAUGGAUCAGAUGAAAGAAAUCAAGUAGCUACGAACAGUUUAUUUUUCUUGGGUAACAUUGAUCCAUUCCGACCUCAAGGUUACGAUCACUUUAGAGAUGCAUUGGUGAUUAAUAGUGAAUCUUUUGGUUUAUACGAUAUUCCUCCAUUACAAUGCUCCAAUGAAUUUGGUCAACUAUUGAAUAAUCCUGAAUUAUCGGAUUUUGUUAUUGUUCCCGCCAAUGGACAAGAACUUCAUGUACAUCAAGUGAUUCUUAUUACACGGUGGCCUCACUUUCGAAAUAUGUAUCGUUCGGGAAUGAUGGAAGUUCAUCAACGUCGAAUGGAAAUUUCCGAACCUUAUCCUGUCGUUUUGGCUUUCCUCAAGUAUCUUUACAGUGAUCAUCUCAGUAUCGAUGAACCUUGGCAAGUAGUGUGUGAUAUUCUAGUGAUGGCCAAUAUGUAUUUAUUACAUCGACUCAAGAAAAUUUGCUGUCAAAGGCUCUAUAGACAACAUUUGACGAUUGAUAGUUGUACCACCAUUUUUGAAAAGGCGAUCAUGGCAGAAGAAGUCGGUCUCAAAUUAUUGGCUUUGGAUUUUAUGUUUAAUCAUUAUGGUGCUGUACUCAAGGCUGAUCUUUUACAUCAAAUGUCAAGUUUUGCACGACAAGAAUUCUUGGAAUGUGUCCCAGAUCAGGCUAUCCUUCAAGUGAAUCCUUCAAGAUUUCAAAAUACUAUCAAAAAUACCGGGUGUUAUCCUAUGACAACUACCAAUACUUCAUCCAAUAUUACAAAUGUGCCUUCGCUUACAAUGAUAUCCAAUUCGUCAUCAUCAUCAACAUCAUCAACAUCAUCAUCUGGUUCUUUAUCAACAGCCUCCCAUUCUUUAUUACAUUCAAAUCAUUUUCUUACAAACUCCCAACCAUCAUCAUUCCCAUUUCAUCCUGUUUCCUCUUCUCACAAUAACAACAAUCAUACAUUUAUCAAUCAGAUGCGAUCAUCUGUUCCUUCCAGUACUGCUGUAACAUCAACAGAUAUCGUCAAUACAUCAUCAACUCAUCAACGUUUAUCCUCAGCAAAUGGAAUGGCUGUGGGUGUAUGAAUCAGUUUACUUUUCUUCUUUCAGUAGUUUAGCUUAAUUUGGUUCUAGUUCUCUUCAUUUAUUUCAUUAUUUUUAUUAUUAUUACCACAAUUAUUAUUAUUUUUUUUCCCACUGCAUUGUAUCGAUAG